AUGCCUCCCAACGGCAGCACUGCUCUGCUGCCGCCGCUGCUGCUCCUCCUCCUCCUGCCACCGCUGCAUUCCUUCGCCAAUGCCGGCUCUCUGGACGCCGACGUCGCGGCGCUGUCGGACUUCCGGCUCGUCGCGGACCCGUCCGGCGCCGCGCUGGCGACCUGGAACCUGUCCGCGAACCCGGCGCCGUGCGCCGGGGCGUGGAGCGGGGUCACCUGCGCCGGCGGCCGCGUCACGCGGCUGGUGCUCGAGGGCCUCGGCCUCUCCGGCGCCGCCGCGCUCCCGGCGCUCGCGAGGCUGGACGGCCUCCGCGUGCUCAGCCUCAAGGGCAACGGUUUCUCGGGCGAGAUCCCCGACCUGUCGCCGCUCGCGGGGCUCAAGCUGCUGUUCCUCGCGGGGAACGCGCUAUCCGGCCCGAUCCCGCCGUCGCUGGGGGCGCUGUACCGCCUGUACCGGCUCGACCUGUCGUCCAACAACCUGUCCGGCGUCGUGCCGCCCGAGCUCGGCCGGCUCGACAGGCUUCUCACCCUGAGGCUGGACUCCAACCGGCUCAGCGGUGGGAUCGACGCCAUUGCGCUGCCGAGGCUGCAGGUGCUCAACGUCUCCAACAAUUUGAUGUCCGGGAGGAUUCCGGCGGCGAUGGCGUCGUUCCCGGCCGCGUCGUUCGGCGGGAACGUCGGUCUGUGCAGCGCGCCGCUCCCGCCGUGCAAGGACGAGGCGCAGCAGCCCAACGCGUCGGCGGCGGUGAACGCGUCCGCGACAGGGGGGGACUGCCCUCCGGCUUCCGCCAUGGUGGCGGCGUCCUCGCCUUCGGGGAAGGCAGCGGGCGCCGAGGCGGCAGGCGGGGGCGGCAAGGGGAAGAUGAGCCGCGCCGCCGUGGUGGCAAUUGUGGCGGGGGAUUUCGCCGUGGUGGGGCUCGUGGCCGGGCUGCUCUUCUGCUACUUCUGGCCGCGCCUCUCCGGGCGGCGGAGCGACCGGCGCCUCCAGCAGGGGGAGAAGAUAGUGUACUCCUCGAGCCCUUACGGCGCCGCCGGGGUGGUCGCGGCGGCUGGUGCUGGCGGCGCGACGUUCGAGCGUGGGAAGAUGGUGUUUCUGGAGGACGUGAGCUGCAGCAACGGCGGCACGAGGCGGUUCGAGCUGGAGGAACUGCUGCGCGCGUCCGCGGAGAUGCUGGGGAAGGGCGGGUGCGGCACGGCGUACAGGGCCGUGCUCGACGACGGAACCGUGGUGACCGUGAAGCGGCUGCGUGACGCCACGGCGCCGGCGGCCGCGUCCAAGAAGGACUUCGAGCACCACAUGGCCGUGCUGGGCCGCCUCCGCCACCCCAACAUCGUGCCCCUCAACGCCUACUACUACGCCCGCGACGAGAAGCUGCUGGUGUACGAGUACAUGCCCAACGGCAGCCUCUUCUCCGGAACCGGGGCCCUGGGCGCACGCCGCUGGAGUGGGCGGCGCGCCUGCGCAUUGCGGCCGGCGCCGCGCGCGGACUGGCCAACAUCCACCACUCCGGGCGCCGUGGCAGCGGCACGCCGAAGCUGGCGCACGGCAACAUCAAAGCACCAACAUCCUGCUGGACAGAUUCGGCGUGGCGCGUCUCGCGGACUGCGGGCUGGCGCAGCUGACCCCGGCCGCCGCGGCGGCCGCUCCGCGGGGUACCGCGCGCCCGAGGCGCCCCGCCGCCCCCGUCCCUGGGCGUCGCACAAGGGCGACGUGUACGCGCUGGGCGUGGUGCUCCUGGAGCUCCUGACGGGUCGGUACCCGGGCAGCGAGCUCCCCAACGGCGGCGUGGUGGUGGAACUCCCGCGGUGGGUGCAGUCCGUGGUGCGGGAGGAGUGGACGUCGGAGGUGUUCGACCUGGAGCUGAUGAAGGACAAGGGCAUCGAGGAGGAGAUGGUGGCGAUGCUGCAGCUGGCGCUGAGCUGCGCGGCGGCGGCGCCCGAGCAGCGGCCCAAGAUCGGGUACGUGGUGAAGAUGAUCGACGAGGUCCGCGCGUGCGGGGUGGAGGCGUCGCCGUCGCACGAGUCGUCCUUGGACGAGUCCUCCGGCGUCUCCGACUCGCCCGCCGUGUCCGAGGGCGGCGGCGGCGGCGCGCUCAGCCAGUGA